CGCUGACACUGCACGAUGCGCGCCCCCGUCUCUGUGCACGCCGCUGUUCCUGCGGAAUUCAGGGGGCUGUUGUCAGACUCCGGAGACAGACACCCAUAUAGAAAAUAAUGAACAACAAAUUUGACGCUCUGAAAGAUGACGACAGCGGGGACCACGAUCAGAACGAGGACAGCGGCUCACCGAAAGAGUGUGAAAAGGAAAAAAACGAGGAGGAAGAGACGGACCAGAACAAGAGGAAGACAGUUGUGCCUGGGGCAGGGGAACACCCCCUGCAGUAUAACUACUCCUUCUGGUACUCACGCCGCACUCCAGGUCGACCUGCCAGCUCUCAAAGCUACGAACAGAACAUCAAACAGAUCGGGAGUUUUGCCUCUGUGGAGCAGUUCUGGCGCUUCUACAGUCACAUGACCCGGCCAGGUGACCUUACGGGCCACAGCGACUUCCACCUCUUCAAAGAGGGCAUCAAACCAAUGUGGGAGGACGAUGCCAACAAGAGUGGGGGGAAGUGGAUCAUCCGCCUGCGGAAAGGCCUGGCCUCCCGCUGCUGGGAGAACCUGAUCCUGGCCAUGCUGGGGGAGCAGUUCAUGGUGGGGGAGGAGAUCUGCGGUGCCGUCGUCUCCGUGCGUUUCCAGGAAGAUAUUAUCUCCAUUUGGAACAAAACUGCCAGUGACCAGGCUACCACCGCCCGCAUUAGAGACACACUGAGGAGAGUCCUCAACCUGCCUCCCAAUACCAUCAUGGAGUACAAAACCCAUACUGACAGCAUAAAGGCCUGGGAGGAUUUCCAUGGCCUGGUGAAUGCCAGUGGGGGGCGCUAACUCCAGUUCCUUCAAGUUUCUGCCAAGGAUUUGUAUUUGUGGUCUGGGUGAAGAGGAAUAUCCUGAGGAGAAUGUCCGCAAAUAUAUCGUCACUGUUUCAAAGAGAGAGGGAGAACGAGAGACAGAGCAGGGAGACGAAGGCUUUCUGAUGGCUUGUGGGAAUAAUUUCUUUUAACAUUACUCAUAAUACGGUAGCCACGCCAAGAGCCAGCUAAACGAGGAGCCAAAAUGUCAGUGGAAAACUCGAGCUGUCCUUGAAGUGGCUGUCGUCCAGUAAACACAAGACACCCAACAAGAUGACCUAGCUGAAGACUGAGGACGAUGGUGUCUCUCUCACUCUCUCCGGUGCAUAAGGGAGCCUACAUAGUCAAAAUCUCAGCCGCUGUGAUAUGGGCAAUAACUGUUUAAGAGCCUUCAAGAAAAAUAACAAAAAAACAAACCAAAACCCCAACAUAAAUGAGUAGCAUGUAUUGUUAUAUUGCAUAUUACAGCUCCUCAUAUUAGUAUUGCAAUGAUGCACUAUACAGCAGGAAAUGGUUCCCAGAACUAUACAAUUGUUAUUUUAAAUAUGUGGACAGGCCUGGAGGCUGUUUUACUGUAGUGCAGUAUUUAAAUUACAGUAUUAAUUUUAUUUUUAAAUAUAUAUAUUUUUAAGUGGACAUUUGACGGAUCAUUGGAGAAUCCUGUCUUGAUUCUUACCUUUGACCUGGAAGUGGAAACAUCCCCAAAGGACAUCCUAAAAGGUGUCACCUGGAGCGUCUCUUUCAAAUAGACUGCCGUGCUGCCUAUAUCACUGUGCCUGGACUUCAGCCCGUCUACUCCAAAUUUAAAAAGCUGAAGGUUUAUUUUUAUUUUUGAGUUUCAUUUUUUAAAUCGUACCAUAUUUAGGAAUCCGAAGUGGAAACUUAAUGGCAGUGCCAUCUCUUAAGAUGCAGAGGGAUGUGUGCUGCUGUGUUAUUAAGCUAGAUAGUGCCCUGCCCCCAAGCACUGAUCCAGGGUCAGCUAACUCAACCCUAAUCUUAAUCUCUUACCAUUUUACAGAUCCGAUCCUGGAUCCGUGAUAGGAACACUACAUUAUUUACCCGUUACUACUGUCUGGGUUUCAGUAGGUGGUGCUGUCUUGCAGGAAGCUCUGUCAUUCAAAAGGAGAAUUGUGUUGCCUGAUUUCACCUGAUUGAUUAUAGCAAUAAAUGUCAAUUAUGCAUCUGCUGCUAUUGAA